AGUAUUGUUAAUGGGGGCAGAGGCAUUCCAGAAUAUCAGAAGGGACAUGCACAUUACCUUACACAGUGAGUGGACCAAAACAGUGACAAAUAUGCCUCAUUUGCAAAAGGAUAAUUUAAAUCUUAAUUAACAAAAGCCAAAGCCAUUAUGGAGGAUGUGGAGUUAAUUAUGAUUAUGACCUAGCACGUUAAAGAGAGACCCAGCUAGCUAGCAGUUUAUAAAUACAAAGGGAGGGAGGUGUCUGCUUCUUCCACUGCGGCUUCCAGUUCCAUAGGUUGGCAGUUGGUUUGUUGGUUGGGUAUUGUAUUAUUACCUUUUUACUUGGGGCAGCCAAAAUGGCUCUGUUUGGUUUCUCUUUCCCACUUGUAUUUCUCCUCCUCUCUUGCUUUAUCACUCAGCUGCUCUGCAAUGCCAAUGCCUUUCCUGGGCACUACCACAACCCAAUCCAACGCCAUCGCCAUCCUCGCUUUGCCAGUCACAACUACAGAGAUGCUCUCACUAAGUCCAUCCUCUUCUUUGAAGGCCAGAGGUCAGGGAAGCUCCCUUCUAACCAGAGGAUUUCUUGGAGGAGAGAUUCUGGUCUUUCAGAUGGCUCAGCCCUGCAUGUUGAUUUGGUUGGAGGGUACUAUGAUGCAGGGGACAAUGUGAAGUUUGGGUUUCCCAUGGCUUUUACCACCACCAUGCUUUCAUGGAGUGUUAUUGAGUUUGGUGGGUUGAUGAACGGUGAGUUGCAGAAUGCCAAGGAAGCCAUUCGUUGGGCUACUGAUUACCUGCUCAAAGCAACUGCGCACCCAGGCACCAUCUAUGUUCAGGUUGGUGAUGCUAACAAGGACCAUGCUUGUUGGGAGAGACCAGAAGACAUGGAUACCCCAAGAAGUGUUUUCAAGAUUGACCAAAACACCCCUGGUUCUGAAGUAGCAGCUGAAACUGCUGCUGCUCUUGCAGCUGCAUCAUUGGUCUUCAGAAGAAGUGACCGUACUUACUCCAAACUUUUGGCCAGGAGGGCUAUCAGCGUGUUUGAGUUUGCUGAUAAGCACAGAGGAGCCUACAGCACUGGAUUGAAGAAAUAUGUGUGCCCCUUCUAUUGUGAUUACUCUGGUUAUCAGGAUGAGCUACUGUGGGCUGCUGCUUGGCUGCAAAAGGCCACCAAAAAUCCAACCUAUCUCAACUACAUUCAAGCUAAUGGCCAGAUCCUUGGAGCCGCCGAGUUUGAUAACACAUUUGGAUGGGAUAAUAAGCAUGUUGGAGCAAGAAUUCUUCUUUCCAAGGCAUUCCUCAUCCAAAGGGUCAGAUCCCUCCAUGACUACAAAGGUCAUGCAGAUAGUUUUAUCUGUUCAAUCAUACCAGGAGCCUCUUACUCUUCAGCCCAAUACACCCCAGGUGGUCUUCUUUUCAAAAUGAAUGAUAGCAACAUGCAAUAUGUGACCUCCACCUCAUUUCUGCUCUUAAGCUACGCCAAAUACUUAACCACUGCCCGCCAGGUGGUCAAUUGUGGUGGAACCGCCAUCACCCCUAAGAGGCUCCGAGCUAUUGCCAAAAGACAGGUGGAUUACCUACUAGGAGACAAUCCCUUGAAGAUGUCCUACAUGGUGGGGUAUGGCCCAAGGUACCCCCAAAGGAUUCACCACAGGGGCUCAUCCCUGCCGUCCAUUGCCGCACACCCAGCCAAGAUCCAGUGCUCUUCUGGGUUCAAUGUGAUGAGGUCCCAGUCCCCAAACCCCAACAUCCUGGUGGGUGCAGUGAUUGGUGGGCCCGACCAGCAUGACAGGUUCCCAGAUCAACGGUCAGAUUAUGAGCAGUCAGAGCCAGCCACGUAUAAACGCACCCCUAGUAGGGACACUAGCUUAUCUUGCGCACUCAUUUGGGCAGAUGUAGCUAAAGACCCAAGCUAGUUUUCUUCUUGAGAGAUUCUCCAUCUUGUCAGGUGUUUUGGGUUUGUUUUAAAUAUUAGUAAAGUAAGCUCUUCUUUUUAGUUAUGGAUGCAAAGUGCACGUGGUGAUAGGGUCGAGAUUAAGAGCUCUCGCAAACUGCGAAGCACAACACAAUGGUCAAGGUCUAGAUCAUGUAGUAGGUCUUGGCUUGGUUCAUAUAAAUAUUGUUGUUUCCUCUGGUGCAAGAGAAAGUUUCGUGCCAGUAACGGUGUUUAUUUGCAAAAGUUUAUGGGCUCUAAGAUUGGAGAUGCUUUUUAAGUUUUCAACUUUACUCUAAUUUGGUAGCUUAGCUUGUUCGUCUACGUUUGUCCCCUAGUGUUAAACUAGCAAUAACAUAGUGUGGUUUGGUAUUCAAAUAUGGAAAUCGUGGGACGUUCUGCCCAAGGACCUAAAUAAAUACAAGAAACCUAAAUAAAGCUAUCUAACAACAAUGGUCCUAGAUUCCGGAAACCACAUCACUUGUAACAAGCAAGAAAAACAUGAUUAAGAACAAGGAGAAUUGGGUUGCAGUGGAUAAUGUAACAAGUGAUUAAAUAUUCUAGUUACUGUUGGUUGGUACUUUGGUGGUUAAAGAGAGAGAGAGAGAGAGAGAGAGAGAGAGAGUAUUUGACCGUUGAAAAUGAGGGUGAAAAUACAUGUAAGGAAGAAGAUUUUGUGUAGUAGCAUGUGAUAUGGGUCAAAAAAGCUGGUUAUAUGCAUGCAGGCAGGCUUGUCAGCAAUCUCAGGUGUCAGAAGAAGAGAGUGUAAAGCGCGAGAAAGUGGCUUAGGCCUAGUCUUUCUGUUUCUGGCAAAGAGAGAGAGACAGAGAGAUCACGUGGCAAUAAUAAGUUACAAGGAAGGGACUAAAAGACAUCCCCCAACUAAGGAUGACUGGAAUGGAUUGGCUUGGAUUGGAGCAGAGCAUAAAAUAUACUCUUUGAUUUAAUAUUUGAACACAGGCUCUUUUGGUGUAGAGCCCAGUAACCAACCAGUAACCUGUGGACGCAAAUAAAAAAGUGUCCAUUUUCGGUUUCAUUGUACGUGGUGUCCUGCAAAAACGUUCAUAUGAUAUGAUAUUGUGUUAUCUUGUUAACAUAUAUUGUUUUCCAAUUAUAAGAUUUUCGUUUUUUGAAAAAAUUCGUAACCCAUGACAAUUUGUUUUGGCAGGCAUAUAUCAAUCCGUUCACAAGAGCUUUAUUUUAUUGUAAUUUUAUUCGGAGCAUAGAUAUGAUAUUACAAUGCCGCAGCAGAAGAGCUUGGAUCCAGUUCAAUUUUAUUACUUAUACAUACACACA